CGACUGCGGUGCCUGGCAACAGAAAAAGACGUGAUGACGUCCUCUCCAGAUUGCGUAUUAUGGGAUGUGCGGAAUUAAACAACCCGAAGAGGACACGGUGAAGCCAAAAAAAUAAUAAAAGAGACAGAAAUAAACGAGGCGCAUGGUGAACCAUGGAGCUCUCGGCUGUUGGUGAGAGCGUCUUCGCAGCCGAAUCCAUCAUUAAACGUCGGAUCAGACGGGGUCGCUGGGAAUAUCUCGUGAAAUGGAAGGGUUGGUCUCAGAAGUACAGCACUUGGGAGCCGGAGGAAAACAUCCUGGAUGCACGUCUCUUCGCUGCCUUCGAGGAGAGGGAGCGCGAAAGGGAGCUGUUUGGGCCGAAAAAGAGGGGUCCCAAACCCGAGACAUUUCUCUUGAAGGCCAAAGCCAAGGAAAAGACAUGUGAUUUUAGAAGAGAGGCUCCCAGAGGGAUCCAGGUUUCCUAUCCAGUCCCGGAGCCUGUCAUAACACCGAGGGCCCGGGAGGGUCUACGCGCCGUGGUUCCCACAAUCUUCCCACCGAGCGCCGUCAACAGGGGCGAGAGUGUCCACAUCCGACCACCGGAGCCAGAGAGGAGGCCCAGACCGACUCCACCAGCUGAUCUGUCAGUCCAAGAAUCCGCCCGGGUCCCCCAAAAAAGAGGGCGCAAACCGAAGCUGCAUUUACAUUAUAAUGAAGAUGACAGAGGCAGCUCAGCGGAGCCGGACCCCAAACGGAGCAGGCUACUGGAGCAGCCGGGGUCUCACGGUUUGUCCAAAAUGCCCCGACGCUUGCAUCAUCACGGAGAGACGUCAGAUCACAGCCUUGUCCAGUUGACCAAGAGGUUUCAGGAGAAGACCACGAUAACACCCAAAUCCAGCAGCGAGCACAGACACGCUGGGUUGUCUUACAGCUGCGCAUUCAGUCCAGAUGUGCGUGAUCAGGGGGCACAUAGGACUAGUUGUGUGACCAGGAUGUCUAUUCCUCAGCCCAGAAAGACGAAGAUGUCUGCAGAACACCAGCAUCAGGCGAAGGAGUGCUUUCUGCCCCGGGGACAACCUGCUGUCAUGUCGACACAGUCCGAGUCCAUCCAAGAUUCAUCCACGCGACCAUCCUCGUCCUGGACCCCCUGUUUCACCAACGUGGACUCUGUGACUGUGACAGACGUCACCAUGAACUUCUUGACAGUCACCGUGAGAGAGAGCAGCACAGACAAAGGCUUUUUCCGAGAGAAAAGAUGAGUAGAUGCGCUUUGGCCAGACUAGGCUAAUGUAUGUUUAACAAGCUACUAACAGGCCUACUGUAAUAUUAUAUUUUUCUAUGUAACAUUCAAACGUGUACAUACAUAUAUUUAAUACGCUGCUGAGAAAAUUAAAAAAGGAAAGUGACUUUGUGAGUUUAAGGGGUGUUUUGUUGCGGUUGUUGCACCCAAUGUGACUGCUUUCAUCUUGUCAAGAUUAUCCACAUCCAUAAAGGUUAAUUUUGUCUUUUGGUUUCACCAGAAACUGUUCAGCCACGUCAGUCAUGUCUUCAGUCUUCAGGUGUUCAGUCAUGUCUGUAUAUAUAUAUAUAUAUUGUGGAAUGUAUGGUAAAAAAUAUAUGUAUAUAUAUUUCCCAAACUAUAGUAGGCUAUUAAGAAUGUUUGUAGGCAGCAGGGUGUUGCCAAAUAAUCAAACUUCCACUUGCCAUAGAGUUGAUAUUUGAUUGCAGGAUUGCAGGACUCAUAUUUAACAUAUUUAAAAGACCUAAAGAAAUUAUUCUUUCGUCCUAAUCUAAAAAUGUCUCAUGAUACGGCUGAGUAUGGUAUUUUGUGAAGACUUUACUGUCAUGUGCACGGGUCAUGCACAUAUCAUGUAGCUGAUAAUUCCCACUGAGCAAAUUUUUGUUUGUAUGUAUCAUUCUAACAGCGAUUUGUGGACAAACGCAUGCAAAAAAUUAAAUAAAAUUAAUUUGUAUUCAUUUAAAAA